GUUGAUUAGCGUAGACCGAAGACCACCAGAUGAACACGUGAAACGAAAGAGGAUCUAAGGGAGAGGAGGCUAAAGCGAAUUAGGGAAUCAGAGAAGCGGAGGCGAUUAGGGUUUUUGCCCUAUCAUUAUAUAAAGACGCUCAUACAUCUUUCAUUCUCUCUGCAUUCAUUCAAUAUUGGUUAAGGGCUAAGGUUAGGGUUCGAUCCAAUGGCGGAGGAGAGGUCGACGGGUGUGGUCCGGUGGUUCAGCGAUGUGAAGGGCUACGGGUUUAUCACGCCCGACGACGGUGGCGAAGAUCUGUUCGUCCACCAGUCAGCGAUCAAAGCCGAAGGCUUCCGUAGCCUGGCCGAGGGCGAUAGCGUCGAGUUCCAGAUCGAGCUCGGCGUCAACGAGAAGACUAAGGCCAUCGACGUCACCGGCCCCAACGGAUCUCCCCUCCAGGCCACCAAGAAGGAAAGUUACAGUCACGGCAGGUCCACACGCGGUGGCGGAGGCGGUGGCUGGAGAAGCGGUGGAGAUAGGCGCAACGGCGGGGCCGGGUGUUACAAUUGCGGCGAUACGAGGCACAUCGCUAGGGAAUGUUACAGAGGGAACCCCGCGUCCGGUGGAGGCAGAGGCGGAGGCAGAGGCGGAGGCGGAGGCGGAGGCGGUUGUUACAGUUGCGGCGAGGUUGGGCACAUGGCCAGGGACUGUCCUCGCGGAAACAAUGGCGGUGGCGCGGGUGGCGCGUGUUACUCGUGCGGUGGGUACGGGCAUUUGGCGAGGGACUGUAUCGGUGGAGGUGGCGGUAGUGGCGGUGGUGGCAGUGGUGGCGGUGGUGGCAGAAGUGGCAGCGGUGCCUGCUUUACAUGUGGGGAGUUUGGGCACUUGGCUAGGGAUUGCCGAAACGGCGGCGGCGUUUCGGGAAGGUUCAGUGGAGGUGGUUCCGGAGGAAGAACUGGGUGUUUCAACUGCGGGAAGCAAGGCCAUUUUGCUAAAGAUUGCUCUGCGGUCCCCGACGCCUCUUGAGUACCAAAAAAAAAAAAAAAAAGAGUAAUAGUACAUAUUCUCUUUUUUUUCUUCAUAUAUUUGGUUGGUCAAUGGUUAUACAUAGGAUGGUUUUGGCUAAAAUGGGCUUUUGAUUUUGCGUUUUCGCUGUUUAAUCAGCAAUUUUUCCCGUCUACCUAACACACAGAUAUGUGAUGUUUGUUCGCAUAAGAAUUAGGGUUUUUCUUCUUCUUAACUGAUGACUGCGGCAUAAGUUUCUAAUCGAGCACUUCUCAUCUUCAAGUGUGAAUUAA